UAGCAAAUUGUUGUUGUGAAGAGAAAAGUCAAAGAAAGUAGAAAUGUCUGAAAAUAAUUUGGGCUUCUUGCAAAAUUAAGUCAAAGAAAUAGCAUUUUUAAGUGAUUUCAAAUAUUUUUUUUCAUGUAUUGAAACAAUUUCAAUGGCAUUUAUAUUUUUCUUAAAGUGAGACAUAAACCAACACGAAACGAAUAGGCAGAUCGGCGAAGGGUGGAGUGGUGGAUCGGUGAAAUCUUUAUUUUUUUGAGGUUUUUUGUUAAGGCGUUAACAAUCGUAUUGAAAAUAUGUUAUAAAAAUGUGAGUCAAUGGCUCUAAAAAAAUAUUAGUAUUUACUAAGUAAUCGGGAAAAGUAUUAAAAGCAAACAAUGUGUGUGGCUUUGACACAGUUUAUAUGCUACAGGAAAAAACCGAACAGCAAAGGCAAGCGAGACUUGCAGCGGCAGCAAUCACAAUCGGAACAGUGUUCUCAAAAUAGAGACACAACAGAACAAAAUCCAUUAGUAGGUUGGAAUAUUAUUUUACCUGCUAAGUCGAUGAGGCCUUUAAGAUUGCCCAUGCUAUCGUCUUCCAACUGUAAUAUUUCCAUCACGGUAGCAUCAAUUUCACCUGCACACAAUCUUUCCAUAUUUAAUGCAAAAUACCGGCGGAAAUUUCUACUACUUCUACUGCUUCUGAUCUUCCAUGGGUGCUUUAGUGAGUUGAGUCGUGUCGCAGCUUUUAAUUGUACAGUUCAGGGCAAUCACUGCCAAAAUGAAGGCCAGUGUCAGAAAGAUGGUCAAUGCCUUUGUGCAGAUGGUUGGCAGGGCCCUGAGUGUCAGUUCUGUGGAGGAAAAGUGAGAUUAUACCACCCAUCGGGAACAAUUCACGAUGGGCAGGGGAAUUAUUCGGUUAGUGUUAAAUGCAGUUGGCUUAUUGACGCUCGACAUCCACACGCAAAUGCUCUGCGAACACCUACUAUUCGCAUUCAUUUGCGUGAGUUUGCUACGGAAUGCGGUUGGGAUCAUUUGUAUAUUUACGACGGCGACAGCGUGGACUCCCCGCUCUUAGCUGUUUUUAGCGGACUGAUGUACAGAGAUAACUUUGCGAUACGAAGAGUGCCUCAAGUGAUCGCUCGAUCAGGUACAGCGCUACUUCAUUUUUUUAGUGAUGAUGCCUACAAUAUGUCUGGUUUCAACCUGUCUUACAAGAUGGAUGGUUGUCCUACGACUAUAGAGGAUCUUGAAUGCUCUGGAAAUGGAAGAUGCAGUGAAGGUGAAUGUAUUUGUAAUACCUUAUAUAAGGGUGAGGCGUGUGAUGUAGCCGCAUGCCCUAGUGGAUGCUCAGAGGACAAAGGCCAGGGAAUAUGCAAAGAUGACGAAGAAAGAUGUGUAUGUAAUGACGGAUUUGGUGGCAAUGAUUGCGGCCAGCUGAUAGCUCUGGGGGUUUGGUCCACUAUAUAUCCGACACAGUCACCACCUCCACCAGGAACCGCAUCGCAUGGUGCUGCAGUUUGGCGUGAUACGCUACAUAUAAUUGGCGGCGAAUCAUAUGGUCGCGGUGAACUUAUGACCACGUAUGAUUUCAAUGGCAAUGUAUGGGAAACUCUGCAUAUUGAUAGCGGAAGUAGUAUACCUGAGAAGCGCUAUGGAGCUUCUACAGUUAUGUAUGGCGACAAAAUUUUCAUGUACGGCGGUGUAAUCGAAGGACGCGGUAUUUCGAAUGAGCUGUGGGCAUUUGAUGUAUCUGCCAAAACUUGGGAAAACAUAACAGUUAAGAGCGACUUAUGUAAUGCAACGGCCUUAACGGCGUAUGCUAUGUGCGGUCCGUUACGUGUAGCAGGUCAUACGGCGACCUUGGUACCCGGUUAUGGUGAAAAAAAUAAUUACCAGUAUAUGAUUGCAAUUUUUGGACAUUCACCACAAUAUGGUUACCUGAAUACGGUACAAGAAUUUAAUUUCGGUACACGCGAAUGGAAAAUUGUUGAGACGUCUGGUUACGUGGUGAAAGGUGGUUUUGGUCAUAGCGCAGCAUUUGAUUAUUUGACUGAAAAAGUAUACGUUUAUGGCGGCAUUAUCUCGGAGAGUGAAUCCAGUCAGGUGCUAAGUUCGAAAUUGUACGCCUACGAACCUUCAACUAGAACAUGGACACUAUUAUCUGCAGCGCCAAGUGCCCGAUUACUGCAUACGGCCAACUUCAUAAAUCAUGGUCUAAUGAUGGUUUUUGGAGGCAACACUCAUAAUGAUACUUCACAGAGUUACGGAGCGAAGUGUUAUAGUCAAGAUUUAUUAGUGUACGAUGUGUAUUGUGACUCAUGGCAUGUGCAGGAAAUGCCGCAACAUUUACAAAUAGAUUUGGCCAGGUUUGGACACAGUGCUGUGGUUUUCGAGGACGCACUUUAUAUAUAUGGCGGCUUUAACGGUCAAUUGUUGAAUGAUAUGCUGCGAUUUACUCCUGGUUACUGCAGUUUCUAUACGAAACAAGAGAAGUGUACAAAUGGUCUGCCAGGUGUCAAAUGUAUUUGGGACGUGCAAAAAAUGCGCUGCAUACCGGUAACUCAAGUGCAACGCUCUGCAAUUUUCGGCCGGGAGCAAUACGAUUAUGUGGUUUGUCCAUCGAAAAGUCGCAUCACAAUGACUUCAGAGUUACUAAAUGAUGUGCUACGUUGCCAAGAACUUAGUAAUUGCCAAUCUUGUGUUUCGAAUUCAUAUGGCUGUACUUAUUGUGGCAAUGGAGUUUGUACAAGAGAGCGUUGUCGUGAGACUACGUCAAUAACUACGUUAUUUUAUGAAGCUAAUAACAAACAUCAACAACAGCAUCAACAAUUUGUGCCGGCAGCCGCUCCAAUGGCAAAUAUUAAACGUUUAGAAAAUUGUCCGAAAACCGAAGAAUUUAUGAUUAUUACAGUUUGUGAGCAGUUGCACAGCUGUCACGCCUGCUCAGCAAAUGUGGCAUGUAGUUGGGAUGCCGAACACAAUCGCUGUAGGCCUUACUUGUCAAAUAGUGUGCAUUUAAAUCGCACCCGCGAAGAUAUUAUUUGUCCGCAGCCAUGCGCUACGUUGACAACUUGCAACAACUGCACGGAAGAUGACUGCAUUUGGUGUCAGAAUGAGCAAAGAUGUGUGGAUCGCAAUGCAUACACUCCCAGCUUUCCCUACGGACAAUGCCGUGAAUGGACCACUCAUUCUGCAAAGUGCCGCUCAUCGCCUACAAAUACUGGUGUUGGUCGUUCAACUGCUGCGCAGUCCAGUGCGCAAUGUGGUUUCUAUAAUAGUUGUGCACAAUGCUUGGAUGAUCCGGCUUGUGGUUGGUGCGAUGAUGGUUCCAAUACCGGGUUAGGCAAAUGUAUUGCUGGCGGUGCGUUGUCACCAUACGAUUCCAGCGAAUGCCAACUAAAACACUGGUAUUUUACAUCAUGUCCGCGCUGCAACUGUAAUGGCCAUUCUCACUGCCCCGACUACAUUAACUGCGAACAACCGUGUUCGAAUCUCACAACUGGUCAACAUUGUGAGAAAUGUAACAAAGGCUAUUGGGGAAAUCCAAUUAAUGGUGGGAGUUGCCAGAAGUGUGAAUGCAAUGGGAAAGGUGAAAAUUGCCAGCCAGAUACGGGAAAAUGCUUUUGCAAUACCAAGGGCAUAGUUGGCGACCAUUGUGAAAAAUGCGACACCCAAAAUCAUUACAACGGCGAUCCUAUCAAAUCAUCAUGCUAUUACGAGCUCACAAUAGACUACCAGUUUACUUUCAAUCUAUCCAAGAAGGAAGAUAGACAUUUUACGAGAAUAAACUUUCGAAAUUCGCCACAAAAGCCCGAGAUCGAUGCUGAUUUCACAAUAACAUGUAGUGUACCUGCUAAAAUGGAUAUUUCAGUUAAGCGUGCUGGUUUUCCAGAAAAGCUCUUGUUUAUGGGCAUUAAUUGUUCCACGUUCAGGCAACGAUUUCCCAAAACGGAGUAUUCCUUUGGGCAUUCGCUAGAAGACAACAGUUCCAUAACAACAUUCUACGUAUUCGUUCGUGAUUUCCGGCCACCAAUUUGGAUACAGAUCGCCUUUUCGCAGUAUCCAAAGCUUAAUUUGCAGCAAUUUUUUAUAACAUUCUCCACAUGCUUCUUAUUGCUCCUCCUAAUGGCAGCUGUUUUAUGGAAAAUAAAACAAAAAUACGAUAUGUUCCGAAGAAGGCAGCGAUUAUUUGUCGAAAUGGAACAAAUGGCUAGCCGUCCAUUUUCCCAGGUUGUAGUGGAAAUCGAAAAUAGAGAUAAUAUUGAUUUAACGCAUACUAUGGAGGGCGUAACACAUCUUACCAAAAAGCGUAAAAAGGAUUGUCCCAGCCCCAUAGCACUGGAACCUUGUAGUGGUAAUCGAGCAGCUGUAUUAUCGCUUUUAGUUCGUUUACCAACCGGUGGUCUACAGUAUGCACCUGCUGGACAGUCUGCAGGUUUAGCCGUAGCCAGUGCUCUUGUAACAUUAGGCAAUCCCCGGCGGCCAUCUAUCGAACACUCUAAAGAGCCAAAAUCUAAAAGAAAACAAAGUCAACAUCCGGACAGUUGUACAUAAUAAAUGCGAGAAAACAUUCAGUGUAGCAAUUAACAGCGAAACUUGUAAAAGUAUUUCCUUUAUACAUACUUACUUACAUACAUACAUGGAUACAUGUUUACACUUUGGCCUGCAUUCGAAAAUCUAAGUCAGUCGAACACAACCAUAUACGGUAUGGUAGAUCGGGGGCCAAGAAAGGAGUAACAUUAUGAAUGCCUUUAUACAAUAUACAUAAUUAUAAUACAAAAACAAAAAACACUGUACUAAGGCAUACUUACUGAUUUACUUCACAUAUUAAUUACACUUACAUUUAGUAAUAAUAAUUGUAAAAUACUAGUGCAUAAAAUUAUUUAUUAUAGUUACAAUUUUAAAUGCUAAAAUCUUUAUAACAGAUUUUAUGCCAGCCUAAAAAGACAUUAAUAUUAUUAAAAUGUAACUUAAAGAGACACAUUAUAUAAAGGUUAAUACAAUAACACAAUUUAAGUUUUACGUAAUUGAGUGCAAGGUACAGUUCGCUGUACGGAAUGUCUUGUUUAGUGCACCUAUUUUGUAUAAUUUAUUUUUUUGAUUGGUUCAAUGCUUAAUUGCGCUAUAAUUACACCAUUAGUUGUAAAAAUUAAAAUUAAGUAAAGUAUCAAAUGUGUAUGAUAUAUAUACUUUGCGGUAGAAUGUUUUAAUAUCUGUGUUAAAAGACGAUUUAAAAAAAUUAACCAAAUACAAACAAGAUAAAAUGGGUAUAAACAUACAUACAUACAUAUACAAUAUAAACAACAUUUAUUUAAUUGUUUAUUUAGUUAUGUUAGUAUAGUUCAAAAAUAAAAUUUUUAAACCAGACAUAAAUUAAUGUUCUGUUAGCCUGUAAGAAAUAAAAAAUCUAUGAAUAGACAACACUUUCAGAAAUGAAG